AUGCACCUCGCUCAUCUCCCAAAUGAGACUCUUCUCGCCAUUGUCUCCUUCCUUCGCCGUCAACGGGACCUUUACGCCCUUGUGAGAACUAAUCGUCGGCUCUAUUACCUCCUUAGAGAUGUUCUCUAUGACUAUAACUGUCGCUACUACCAUGCCUCGGCUCUGAUAUUUGUUGCAAUAAGGGGUGACUUGUAUCUAGCUGGCAGACUCUUCGACGAACUUAAGCCGCUAAACUCCGACGUGAAUUCCGGGUCUGAUAGCGAGCUCAUCGAUUCAGCAGAGUCACCAGAUAGUGAUGAUGAGGAUAUGGUCCAAAUGUUCAGCUUUGCCGAUAUUGCACGCCAUCCCUCACGCGCGGCGAGGUACAGUACCACAGAUAUCGUCAUGAAUAAGAAAGCACUACUUGCAGGUAUUCAAGCCGGACAGAAGGAUAUGGUGGCAUUGCUUCUGGACCAUGGUGCACAGCCGAACUUUUAUCGGGACGUUCCACCACUCUUUCUGGCCGUUCAGUGCGGUAACGAAGAGCUCGUGGAGUGUUUGUUGAGCCGGGGGUCUGAACCAGAUCGAAAUAAUUCCUCGCCUUUAUACCGAGCUGUUGCUGAUGGGAGAAAAGACAUUGUGCUUAUGUUGAUGCAGGGCGGAGCGGCGAAUGUUGAGAGCUCCUUGAAAUUGGCGGCGCAGCGGGGAGAUCAAUCAAUGAUGGAAUUCAUGCUGGGGCAUGGUGCCCGGGCUGAUCUAUGUGGUGCUGCCGCGCAUCAUGUGGCGCUACGCAAAGGUGAUGAUGAUAUGGUUUGUCUGUUGAAAUCAAAGGGAGCCCCUGCUUACUAUCUGUGGGAGCCGAAGGAUGACUGGGACGAAGAAGAAGGGGAUGGAGCUAAACGUGAACUGAAGUUGUAUGGUUGCGGACGGGGCAUGCCUCAGUUCUAG